AUGGAAAAAUCACUUAAUUAUAGUAAUACACGCCAGGACACCUUCGACGAACAAUUACAAACCUUACGAAAUCAAAUGCAGCCUGUCAGCGACCUAUCUUGCCAUUUAAAAAAUCUUGAGAGCAAGUUAGCAUAUAUGGAACAGCAAGCUCGAGACUGCAAUAUCGAAAUCAUUAACUUGUCCGACAGACGUAAUGAGAACCUCACAAAUAUGGUAAUGGGCAUUGGUGCAGUUAUCAAACAACAAAUACUUGCGUCCGAUAUUGUAGCGGUUCACCGUGUACCUCAAGCAGGCCAAAAAUAUACCCGACCUAAAUAUGUUAUAGUUAAGUGUACCACCCGGACACUACGCAACAAUAUCAAAGCUGCUAGUCGUCUAGUAUCUAGUAAGGAUCUCAAUACUGAAAAGCUAGGAAUAUCUGGACCACCUCAAAAAAUAUUCAUCAACGAGCAUCUAACUAUGCUGGCUAUACGCUCGGAGCAAGACCUCAAUAAUAUUAAGUAA